GCCUGGCUUGUGCUUGUGCUGGUCCUAUCUGCUGACUGAGGGAUGUGAAAACUUUAUUUAGGAGGUCUGUGGUUCAGGUGAAUGCACCACUGGCUUGCUAGCCUAUACUCUGAACAAGAUCACCAUGCCUUGGGAUCAGAAGAAUAAGCUCCGAGGCCAAGAAAAAUGCCAGGAGACUAAAGGUAAGACCCAGGAUCUCCAGAGUGCUCAGGCCCCUGCAACAGAGGAGGAAGGAUCUCCCUUUCCACCUUCUCCUUAUAUGGGGAUUAUUACCCGUACAAAAUCAGCUUGUAGGCUUCAAAGCACUUCCAAGGUGCUGCAGAGAGCUCUUUCUACCACUAAGUUUAACAUUGGUUCUCCUACAAGAGCAAAUGAAGGAGAUAACUACAGAAUUAAGAGAAAACAGAAUUCUUCCCAGGCCUCCACCUCCACUAUGAAGCCCCCGCAGAGCUCUCUAAUCAGUACAGUUCGCGUGUUGGUGAAGUACAUGAUGCACAUGUAUAAAAUGAAGAAACCCAUUCUGAAAGCAGACAUGUUGAAGGUGAUCACCAAAAAGCACAGCAAGCACUUCUUGGAGAUCCUUAGACAAGCUUCGUUCAGCAUAGAAGUGGUUUUUGGUGUAGACUUAAAGGAAGUGGACUCUACAAAGCAUUCAUACGCCCUUGUCAGCAAAAUGGAUCUCCCCAACAAUGGCACUGUGAGUAGAGGCAGGGGAUUUCCCAAGACUGGCCUGCUAAUGAAUCUCCUAGGUGUGAUAUCCCUGAGAGGAAACUGUGCGCCUGAGGAAAAGAUCUGGGAAUUCCUGAAUAAGAUGAAAAUAUAUGACGGAAAGAAGCAUUUCAUUUUUGGGGAGCCCAGGAAGCUUAUCACUCAAGAUCUAGUGAAGCUUAAGUACCUGGAGUACCGUCAAGUUCCCAACAGUCAUCCUGCAAGCUAUGAGUUUCUAUGGGGCCCAAGAUCUCAUGCGGAGACAAGCAAGAUGAAAAUCCUGGAAUUUUGGGCUAAGAUCAACCAUACAGUGCCCAGUGCCUUCGAGUCCUGGUAUGAGGAGGCUUUGAAAGAUGAAGAAGAAAGAGCUAGAGCCGCAGCUGUACUUGGUGACACUGUAAUCCACAGCAAUUAAAUGUUCCACAUCUGUGUCAACCAGGUCCUCCCACACCUAGUGAAGUUAAAGUUUUGAAUUUGACUUUGCAUUUCAAGAGGGCAGUUUCUGAAAGAGGCGCUGGAGGACUCUUUCUAAAUAGAGGAGUGUGAUGAGUAGCUUUGUGUUCUUGUUCUGUGUGGGCAACUUAGAAAAGUAUCUGCAUUUUGCUUGAUUUCAAUUCUUCAA